AUGAACUUCUUCUUUUCGCCCUUAAGAGGCCCUCCACAAAGCCAGCCUCGCUUCAGCAGAAGACCUGGGCUUAGAAACUCAGCGCCACCUCCACCAGAGCCACUGUAUCAGCAACUGCUUGCAAAAGAAAUUGAGCCACAGGACGAAUCGCCGCUGCUUUCUCUCUUACCUCCAGAGAUUCGCAGCAAGAUCUUUACCUUUGUGCUGUCAGACUAUGAAGAUACUGAUUCUCCCUACCUCCUCGACACCUGCUACUCGCGACCUUCGUACUUCGCGCCUCACAAGACCAGCACUGAGCUGCUAAGAACAUGCCGCGCUAUAUACCGAGAGACCUGGUUUCUCCCAUUCCUUCUCACAGAGCAAACGCACUGGAUUUCUGCUCCGGAUCGCGCACCUCCCAACUAUAAUAGCUGGAGCACCAUCACGAAACUCAAACAGCUGCUCCCUGAAAUCGCCCGGCAGUUGAACCAGGAAAAAGUCGAAAUCGAGAGCCUCCAUGUUUUUGCGCAGAUGUAUCGUAUCGAGGAAGGCGGGUUAGCCCAGCUACUACACACCUCCGGCUUGCAUCCUCGGCGGCUGACGCUCACAAUUCGCCACACCGACUGGUGGUUCUGGGAAAACGAUGAGCCGUUGCGCUUCGAAGCGGAUUGGAUUAACAGAGUUCAAACGGGAAUGUCCCCCUCAAUGCAAGAGUUUCGACUUGAGCUCGAAUCGUUGGAACGCAAAAAAGAUCAAAUUGAUGCCAUUGGCGAGCAUAUAGCCAAAAACUGGUUCUUCAAGAAACUCGACGGCAAUGUUCUGUACGCGGACGUGUCAGGCAAAUGUCACGAAGUAUCUCGAUGGACCGGCACGAGUACGUGGCAUAAUAAACGAUGGACUCGUGACGAGAAUUCGGAUGGCAGGCUGGAUUAUUACAUCCUAACCAUCAACUUUAUGUCGGAGCACGCCCUGGUGAGGAGAGGAGGGGUCGUGAGUGCGACAGCCAAGAUAAAUGCUGGAAAUAUCUUCCACCGGCAUGUUCCAGUGAAUCUCAGAAAGAUUCCGGAAGCAGCCUCAGAUCCGUCCCUAUCACCGGGCUUUUAUGCAGACCCAAUGCUGCCUCUGCCAAGCGAGUCUGAUGAUGAAGAUCUUUAA